CCAAUAGUGAUAACUUGAGGGUCUUGACUGGCAAUAGUGAUAACUUGAGGCUGUUUACAAUCGAAGUAGCAACACAACCCAACACACAACGUUAUCUCACCCUCUCCAACUCUGUCCAACACCAACCGCCGGCGAUUGCUCUCCGACCAGAGGCGGCUCACGGUUGCGCUCCUCCGACAUCAAUUUUCAGUGUAAUGCCGCUACUCUAGUUCAUCCGUAUGUUAAUUUAGUUACACAUCGAAUCAUCAUUAUAUCUCGUGAUAUUCGUACAUAAGUUGUGGAUUUAUUCGUUCUGGUUUCAUAGUCAGACCAGAGAAGGAAGCUUAAUCUUGUAGAUGAAUAUGUUAAAUUCACCAAUUUCGGGACCAGGACCUUGUCCUAGAGAUAUUUUAUGCACGAAGCCACUCUUAUGCUUGAACUCAGUUAGAAGAACCGUUGUCCCCAUACGGUUUAAUGAUUCAGUUUUUUCGUUCCUUAACCAAAGAAUCUACCAUCUUUCAAGAAAGACUUGUUAUCGUGUUGGUGUUAAAGAUUUUCGCGUCAUAAAAGUGGUUGAUGAUGAUGAUGACAAUGACGGUGAAGAAGGUGAACAUGUAGAGUCGAAUUUGGAUUGGAAAGGGGAAUUUCUAGGAGAGGUCGAUACUCUUCCUCCGAAUAAGAAAAAACAAAAAGAAAAGUCGGAAUUACUCGAAGAAACCGACUCUACGGAUUGGUGUGUACGCGCAAGGAAGUCUGCACUCAGGUCUAUUCAAACCCGAGGUCUGACUAGCGCUAUGGAAGAUCUUGUGACUGCUAAACGAAAGAAGAAGAAAAAGAAGAAGAAGUCGAUUGUUAACAAGCAAAAGCCCGCCACUAAAGACUUAGAUUUUGAAUCUGACGGUGAAGAAGCUGAACUGACUAUCGAAAACUUUAUGGAUGAUGCGGAUGAGCUUAAAGCGCGUAUGAGCACGCUUGCAGGCGGGAUGUUUAUAGAAAAGAAGGAGAAAACCAUGGAAGCUUUCGUUCAGAAGCUAUCGCAGUUCCCGGUCAGUGGGGCAACUAACCGUAUGAAAGAGAUUAAUUUAAACAGAGAAAUGGUUGAAGCGCAAACGGCGGAUGAAGUAUUGGAGGUGACGUCGGAAAUGAUACUGGCGGUCGGGAAAGGGUUGAGUCCUUCACCGUUAUCUCCACUAAAUCUCGCCACCGCAAUCCACCGUAUUGCGAAGAACAUGGAGAAGGUUUCAAUGACGAGGAGUCACAGGCUCGCGUUUGCGCGGCGUAGGGAGAUGUGUAUGCUUGUAGGCAUGGCCAUGAUGGCCCUUCCGGAAUGUUCCGCUCAAGGCGUCUCAAACAUCGCGUGGGCCCUGUCCAAGAUCGGCGGUGAGCUUCUUUACCUGUCUGAGAUGGAUAGAGUGGCGGAGGUGGCGUUGACAAAGGUUGACCAACUCAAUUCACAGAACGUUGCUAAUAUUGCUGGCGCGUUUGCCUCUAUGCAGCAUGCUGCGCCGGACCUGUUUUCCGAACUAUCAAAACGCGCUUCGGGUAUCAUUAACACGUUUCAAGAACAAGAACUUGCUCAGCUGUUAUGGGCUUUUGCUUCUCUCUUUGAGCCCGCAGACUCUUUAUUUGCUUCUCUUGAUGAGCAUACGUCAAAUCUCAACAACCCGUCAACCAUUGAGGAUACCGUUCUCAAUUUCAACAGGGAUCAACUUGGAAACAUAUCGUGGUCUUGCGCGGUUCUUGGUCAACUGAAUCGGGACUUUUUUUCGUACAUUUGGAACACCCUUAGCGAUUUCGAGGAGCAACGUAUUCUAGAGCAGUAUCGGGAGGAUAUAAUGUUUGCUACGCAGGUCCAGCUCGUGAACCAGUGUUUGAAGCUCGAGUACCCACAAUUGUCAUUGUCACUUAAAAGCGAGAUAGAGGACAAAAUAAUUCGUGCAGGAAGAACUACACGGUUUAAUCAAAAGAUCACCUCUUCGUUUCAGAAAGAAGUCGGUCGUCUUCUUGUUGGGACGGGUCUUGAUUGGACGAGAGAAUACGUUGUGGACGGGUACACCUUGGAUGCCGCUUUGGUUCAUCAAAAAGUUGCGUUGGAGAUCGACGGGCCAUCACAUUUCUCGAGAAAUUUAGGAAAGCCUUUAGGACAUACGGUGCUGAAACGUCGCUAUCUUGAAGCUGCGGGUUGGAAGCUUGUGUCGGUAUCUCACCAAAAAUGGGAAGAACUUGAAGGGAGUCAUGAGCAGCUGGACUACCUUAGAGAAAUUCUUGAACUCUGCAAGAAGUAUGAUUGAUGGGUGCUACAAACAUGAGUUGGAACAAGCCUUUGGUUUCUUUCUACAUAUGUGUCUAGAGGAAGUAUAUGUAUGUAUAGUGGUUUUAGGCCAAUGGGAUAUCAAACAAUUGGAAUGGAAUGUUUGUGGCAUUCCUAUUAUUAUUAAUAUGAAAUUAUGAGGUAGUUCUGAAAUUCUAUA